AUCUGUGAUUUUCUAGAAAGUUUUAAAUUUUAAAGGAAAUAAAAACUGCAGAGUCACCACUUUAGUUUAGAGUGUGUGUUAGGGGUCACCAUAUUUGAUUUUGCAAAAGAGCAGAGAGAGAACCAUAAAUGGUGUCUUUGCUACUCUCUGUAUUCUGAGCCUUUUCUAAAGCAUUUCUCUGUUUGAUUUUUGGAUUAGGAUGACACAGCUCUCUGAAUGUACGUGAAGGUUCUUGUAGUGGGAGAAAAAGUUUGGUGUGGAAUGAGCAAAAGUUGAAAAAGUUCCAUUGUUGAAACAUUUGCAGCACUGUUUAUCUCCUGCUCUUUGAUGGUAACAAGAUAAGAAUUAUGGAUUCUCCCUACACAAGUAUAGUCUUUGAUAAAAUUCAGAAAUUUGAGCCAGAGAAUGCUAGAAAGAUAAUUGGCUAUCUCUUCUUUCAAGGCCAUGGAGAACAAGAAAUGGCUAAAUUGGCUUCAUGCCCUGACUAUUUCAUCCGUGAAGUGGCAGUUCAGGCUAGAAAGGAACUCCAAAGAACUCCUACUUCACCAAACUUUCAGGUGCCUCCUCCCUAUUGGGAUCCACAAUCUGCUGGCAAUGUCAAUCCGGACUUUAUGGGAAUGAAUUACUUGGAUUCUAUUGUAGAACUUCAGAAGCAGACACAGAUGCUUACUUUGGAGAAUCAAAUAGAUGCUGUAAAAACUGGGACUGGAGGGAUUGCCAAUGAUUACUAUGGCUUAGAUGCUUCUGCUGCCAAUUUGGGUGGAAAAGCUGGGAGAAGGUUUUCUGAAUUUCCAAUGAAGAUAUGUCACUAUUUCAACAAAGGAUUCUGUAAGCAUGGAACUAGCUGCAGAUUCUAUCAUGGGCAAGUUGUCCCUGAGAAUUUCUCUCAGAUGUAUGGAAAUGAUGCUAUUAGUGAGGAUCAGGUGAUUUCACCGGGGUCACUGGCACAGUUAGAGUCUGAAAUUAUUGAGCUCCUAAGAACAAAAGGUGGUCCAAUGUCAAUUGCUUCCCUGCCAAUGGCAUACUACGAUAAAUAUAAAAAGGUACUGCAAGCAGAUGGUUAUUUAACCGAGAGCCAGAGGCAUGGUAAGUCUGGCUAUAGUUUGACGAAGCUUCUUGCACGACUGAACAAUAGUAUUCGGCUAAUAGGCAGACCUCAUGGACAGCAUUCAGUGGUUCUGGCAGAAGAUGCUCCCACACAAAUGCAAAAGGGAGAUUUUGCUCGAAAUAUCAGUGCUUCACGGCAAAUAUAUCUGACGUUCCCAGCUGACAGCACUUUCACAGAGGAUGAUGUCUCAAACUACUUCAACACAUUUGGACCUGUUGCAGAUGUCAGAAUUCCUAACCAGCAGAGAAGGAUGUUUGGAUUUGUGACAUUUGUUCAUUCAGAAACUGUCAAAACUGUUUUGGAUAAGGGCAAUCCCCAUUGUGUUCGGGGUUCUCGGGUGCUUGUGAAACCUUACCAGGAGAAGGCAAAGGUUAAUGAAAGGAAGUACACAGAUAGAAUUGAGCACCCUGUUUGUUAUUCACCACACUAUGUAGAUAUCGACACUGAACUUAACUCAAUUCCAAGAAGUUUUGGGAACCAUAUAUCCAUUAGGAGACAGCUACAACUAAUCGAAGAGGAAGAGCAGGGGCGAUCCCUGGAACUUAAGAAGAGAAGUCUUGCACAGCUGCCGUUUGCCCAAAAAUAUUUCUUCAGUUCACCUCAUUUUGGCUUCUCCAUGGAUGAGUCAAGGAUUUCAGAUGAUCACUUCAAUUUCCAGCCUGCAGAAGAAUCUUUCAGUUUUCCACUGCAUGCCAAAUCCAGGCAUACAGACUCCAAUUACUCUGAUGAGGACAGCAAUCAAGGACUCAAUCUCCCGGACAGUCCAUUCGCAUUUCCACUAGAUAGUGGGAUGUAAACAGUCAUAGUUUCAGAUACAUAUACAAGAAAUAUAGAGUUCACAAACAGAACCAGGCCAAUGGUAGCAGCUUUCUUUUGAUACACAAUUCUUCUAUUGAAAUAUUUCUCAAUUAGUGCAGCAAUUUUGUCAAAAUUCCAGCUAGUACAUAUGCUGAAGAACAGACACUGGAAGAAUUCCUCUUGACAAUUGGAAUUGGUGGCAUUAACAAAAGUUUAAUGAUACAUGUAAGAAGGUUAUAGCUUUUAGUUACAGACAGGUGGCAAAAGGUUUGAAUUUUAGAUCAUAUAGUUAUGAGUUUUAUUCAUGAAGCCAUUAGUGGAUGAAAAGAACUAGGUAUAUUAUUGUCCAGUUUUAAUUAGAUUGAAGGAGCUCUUAGAAUCCGUGUCUAUCUUUUGAGGAACUAAUUUCUCACUGUGAACCGCUUUAAUAAUGAUUUAUAGCAAGUCCAUUAUAUGUGUAUUUUGUAUUCUUUAACGCCCAACUUUGUCAUUGUAAAAAAACUAAGUUAUCUUAGUGCCAGAAGGUUAAGGGAGGGUAGGGUCAUUUGUACUCAGUCUUACCCUUGCAUAUGCAAAGUGGAUGUUUUCGGAUUUAAAUCCAUCCAUAACCAACUAGUUACCAACCUGCAACUUUACCGUUGUGUCACAGUCUGUCAUUAUCCUUGAAAAAAA